GUUGUCAAAAGGCAGACAACAAUUAGGAAGUGGAUCAACAAUAAAGCCUAGAAGAAGUUGGACAUUGCUUAGGUAGGGGCAAUGCCCAGGGCUGACAUUGCUUUCAACUUCCUGAACUUCGACACAACACACGCUCUUCAGGAUGCACACUUGGAAGUUGCCAAUGCAAGGUUAAAAGUGAAGUUGCCUACCUACAAGCACAUGCGGACGGUGAUGUCGAAUUACAUGUACUUGAAGGUUGAAAAAACACUCAACCCCAUGAAUGUGUGUUGGGACAAAAAUGGUUGCACGUUCAUGACAGACGGAUCGACUGAUCGCAAGAACAGACCGGUGAUGGAUAUCCUGGCAGCAGGGGAGAAAGGAGUCGUUCUCGUGACCACGGUUCAUAUGACAGGGAGGAAGAAGAACGCAGCAGCAUUGACAAAGUUGUGGGAGCAGGUCAUGCGCGAGAUCGAGCUCCAUCGGAUCAAUGUCAUUUGUACCGACAACAGGGAGGUGAACAAGAAGGAGAGGCGGACAGAUAGAGAUUUUGCGAGGAUACCUUGGGUACUAUUUGGAGCGCACUGCUGCAGCUUGUUGUUGAAGGACCUGACUAAUCUCGCAUGGGUGAAGGACAUCGCGAAGACCGCCGACAUCAUCGUGAAGUUUACAAGGAAACAUCACGCUACCAAUGGCCUGAUGAUGACGAUUGAUGAGUCCUUGACAUUGCUGCACCCGGCAGAGGUGUACCAGAUGUUCGAGAGACUGUUGAACCGGGAAGAUGCGUUGACCGAGAUGAUGGAUGGCAAGUUUGCUGCGAGGUGGAGGGCAUUGAGGUGGUCAGGAAAGAAGUUGCAAAGAAAGGUCGACCUUGUCUACUUCACAGUGCAGUCUGAGAGUUGGUGGGUGAAGGUCAAGAAAGUUGUGGCAUUCACGCGGCGGCCAGCCCUGUUGUGAAGAGAUUUGACACUAGUUAGGGAAGUGUUGAUGACCGACUUACGGUUUUUUUUUUUUUUUUUAAUAUAACGCCAGCUGAGGAC